UGAUUUGCAGACGAGGGCAACAAAGAAGAAGAAGAACCUCGAGAGUUGGCCCGGUCUUCGCUUUCAAAACUUUGAAAAUCAUUUCAAAUUUUCAAAAACAGUAGAAUAAAGAAAUAUCAUCCCACCAAGAAGGCGCGCCUCCGUCUCUCUCCAUCGCUGCUUCUUUCAAAAGCGCUCUCUCUCCCUCUCUUUCCGCAGUAGUUCACUGUACGGCCGGCAACAUCCGCAACACGUUUCUGUUUUCAGAAAGCAAAGGCAAAAACAAAAACUCUGAAAUUGACUUGUGUUUCAGUACAAAUCCUAAUCGGAUUGGGCGGGGGUGAGGGAAGAUGAACGCGGUUGGGCGGCAGGUGCAGAGAUCGGGUACGAAUGCGCACCACCACCGGCAGUACUCCGAUAACUUCAUCGAGGCUUCGUCCAAUGCCAGAUGGCUACAACAUCUCCACUCCUCGAAUCCUACAGUUCCUGCUUUGCAGGAGUUUGGUUUGUACAGUUCAAGGAUGGGGAGGGGUGUGCAGAGGAGUGCAAGUGAGCUGGGAUCGGAUCCUUCCACUCCUCCGCUGUCUUCGCGGUCGUCGAGCUUGAGGAAAAACGCGGACGACGUGCUCAGCCCUGGAUUGUUGGAUCUGCACUCCUUUGAUACGGAGCUGUUGCCGGAGAUUCCAGUUCCUGGUUUGUACGAUGGACCAUCAUUUCGUCAACAUGUUUAUGGUAAAAGUUUUGAUGACUCUGAGCCAUACCUUACCAACAACAAGCUUGCAAACAAGGCCCGUGGUUUGUCUGAUAAUAACCUUCUCAAAAGCUUUUCAGUUGAUAAAGAGAAGGCUAGUAAUGUUGCUAAGAUCAAAGUUGUGGUGCGCAAGAGACCACUUAAUAAAAGGGAAAUGUCAAAGAAGGAAGAAGACAUUAUCAGCAUAGUUCCAAAUUCUAAUUAUCUCACAGUUCAUGAAACAAAACUCAAAGUUGACCUGACAGAAUAUGUUGAGAAACAUGAAUUUGUUUUUGAUGCAGUGCUAAAUGAAGAUGUUUCAAAUAAUGAGGUGUACUCUGAGACUGUGGAGCCCAUAGUUCCAAUAAUUUUUCAACGAACAAAAGCAACUUGCUUUGCAUAUGGGCAGACAGGGAGUGGAAAAACUUACACAAUGCAACCAUUGCCACUUAAAGCUUCUGAAGAUAUUUUAAGACUAAUGCACAACACUUACCGGAAUCAAGGUUUUCAGUUGUUUGUCAGCUUCUUUGAGAUAUAUGGGGGGAAACUUUUUGAUCUCCUUAAUGAUCGGAGAAAGCUUUGCAUGAGGGAGGAUGGGAAACAGCAGGUCUGCAUUGUGGGUUUGCAGGAAUACAGGGUGUCAAAUGUGGAGACGAUCAAGGAUUUUAUUGAGAAAGGAAAUGCUACUAGGAGUACUGGGACAACUGGUGCUAAUGAGGAAUCAUCCCGGUCACAUGCUAUACUUCAGCUUGCUAUCAAGAGAUCAGCUGAUGGUAGUGAAUCAAAGCCUGCCCGACUUGUUGGCAAGCUGUCUUUUAUAGAUCUUGCUGGAAGUGAGCGUGGUGCAGAUACUACAGAUAAUGAUAAACAGACAAGAAUGGAAGGUGCUGAAAUUAAUAAAAGCUUGCUCGCCUUGAAAGAAUGCAUUAGAGCUCUUGACAAUGACCAAGGUCAUAUUCCUUUCAGAGGAAGCAAGCUGACUGAAGUUCUUAGGGAUUCAUUUGUUGGGGACUCACGCACUGUUAUGAUAUCGUGCAUUUCACCGAGCUCAGGGUCAUGUGAACAUACUCUGAACACACUAAGAUAUGCUGACAGGGUAAAAAGUUUAUCAAAGGGGAACAUCUCCAAGAAGGAUCCGUUGUCUUCAUCCUUGAACCUUAGAGACUCAACUGCAUUUCCUGUAUCUUCACUUUUACCUACUGCAUCAAACAUUGAGGACAACUUACCUGAUAUUCCCAAUGAAAUCAACAGGUUUGGAUGGUCCAAACAAAUUGAAAAAGAAACCUCUCCCCCUUUUAAGGUGGAUCGUGUUCCUAGUGGAAGGGUAGAGGGCAAUAUACCUGCAUCUUCAUAUUCAGAUUACUAUAAGGGUCAAAGAGGUGGUCAAAGUGAUGUAACUGAAGAUGAUGUCGAUUACUCUGAGGAAAUCUAUAACCAAGAGAAACCAUCUUGGAUAAAGAACAAAAAGGUGGAGACCUCCCAAAUAUCAGCUUUGGAGGAUAAGAUGAGGAAACCCGAGUCUCAUAUAAAACGGAGGGAGCUGCCAGACUUUGAGGCCAACAACGUGCGGCCAGAUGAUGAUCUUAAUGCCCUGUUGAAGGAAGAGGAAGAUCUUGUAAAUGCUCACAGAAGACAAGUGGAGGAAACCAUGGACAUUGUUAGGGAGGAGAUGAAUCUGUUAGUUGAAGCUGACCAGCCAGGCAAUCAGCUGGAUGAUUAUGUCUCUAGAUUAAACACCAUUCUUUCUCAGAAGGCUGCAGGUAUUAUGCAACUACAAACCCGCUUGGCUCACUUCCAGAGGCGUUUGCAUGAUUAUAAUGUUUUAGUAUCUUCUGGUCAUUGAUUUCACCCUGGAGCGAUGACGAAAACCACUAAAUUUCAUCAAGCGAUUAAUGUGAACUUAUUUCUCCCUUCUGGAGGUUUUGCUUGGAGCUGUUCAGUUCCACCCAUUUCAGUGUGACAGAUUUGUUUUGAGAUGGGUGCUUGGAGUGCAACCUUGUGUUUUUCUCUCAAUUGUUGCUAUUUUUAAGUGUGUUGCCAUAGCAACGUGUGAGUUGUAUACAGGGAACCUGAUAAAUAUGUAUUUGCUCAUCGGCAUCCAUUUGUAGAGCUCUGCGGCAGUGCAAUUUUAUUAAAUGCCACAUACACCCUGUUUGAGAUGCUCAAGCCUGUGAGAUACGGAACUUGCAUAUCCAUAGAUACCUUGCUUCCUUUUAAUUGACAGCUAAAUCUCUAUGGACUUGCUCAAUGUACAACCUUGAAACCUUUGUUUUU